CUCCGCCGUUACAGCCCCGUGAACACCCGCGGGGGCACCAAAAACCCAAGCCCACACACCCUUCACACUUCCCUCGCGCACCCACGCCGCUGCCGCUGCCGCAGCCCGUCGCCGGCGAGCCCCCCGCCUAGCCUCUCCUCUCACCGAUGGCGGCGGCCGCGAGGGCCGCUUCCGCGGCGCGCUCCCCUCUCCUCGUCCACCACCACCGCCACCGCCUCCCCCAGGUGCCGUCCGGCGGGGGAGGCUCGCUCCGGGUGGGCGGGCCCGGACGCGGCCGGGAGGAGGGGCGGAGGCGGGCCAGGGUCGGGGUUAGGGUCUUCGCGCGCUACUCCCAGGCCCAGGACUUCUCCACGCGCCUCCAAGAUAGAGUUGGUGAGUUGCCUAAGCUAGUGGAGGACCUUCUCCAGACGUCGAUUAGCACAGGGCCCCAAGGUGCUUUCAGGAUAGCGCAAGGGAUCCAAGCUGUGCUUGGGGUUGGUGGGGAGUGGCUGAAUGACCUCUCAAAGACUGCUAACACAUCAGCAGGAAUUCCAGCUCAGAUGCAGCUUGGUUUGCUUUCUCCUCUUUACCUUAGGAGGCUUUUUGAGCGCAUGGGUGCAACUUAUAUCAAGCUAGGCCAGUUCAUAGCAUCUGCACCAACUUUGUUUCCUGCAGAAUACGUCGAGGAAUUCCAGAACUGCUUUGACCGAGCACCAGCUGUACCUUAUGAUGUGAUUCAGUCAAUAUUGUGUGAGGAGUUGCAGCGACCAUUGGAUAGUAUAUAUGAAUACAUCGAUCCGGUGCCAAUAGCUUCUGCCUCAAUAGCACAGGUUCAUGCGGCUAGGUUGAAGAGCUCUCAGAAGGAUGUGGUGAUUAAAGUUCUAAAGCCUGGUAUUGAAGAUACUUUGGUUGCUGAUCUUAAUUUUAUCUAUGUCAUUGCACGAGUUUUGGAGUUCUUGAACCCUGAGCUACAGAGGACAUCACUGGGAUCAGGUGGCUCCCGUUGCAGUUGAGGCACCCACCCCUGUUCCUGGGGAGCAGAUGGUGGAUUUGAUGACUGCGCUGCAUGCAGCCUGUGAUGAAGAAGUCAAAUGCUCAUGAUGGGCUUGUGAAGGGUCUCCGACUCUCUGUGAGGCUGCCUAGCUAGGCCAUUGAGAAGCAUGCCGGCAUGCCGCCCUAGGCUCUGGCUAGCGCCAGUCACAGCCGCAGACCUCAGCGGCCGCGCUGCUGCGAGUCGUCGGCUACACAGGCGCCAUCCGCAUCGCUCCUCCGCGAAUGCCGCUCAUCGGGUUGCCCUCGGCGCCGACCCGCACGCCGCCGCCCACCGGCCACCGCCUUCCUAUCCUAGGCCAUCAGUGGAUGGCACGCCACACGGCCUCGCACGCGGCCAACUACCUCCUCCCCUGGCCACUGGCUCGCACUUCGCCGUCCGGCCUCCUGCCAUGAAGGUCGAUGGCGCCCACUUCCUGAUAUAAUCAUAGAAGGAAAAUAGGACGGACAGGGUGAUCUCAGCAUUUUUACUGUUAUUCUUAAUACAAAAUUGUGGUUCCUCCUUGGCCCCUUGAAUUGAUUCGUCCAAAUUUCACAGAGUUCACUCUCA